AUGGCACGUGAUUCGACCAUGGGAAGAGACCGAGUACUAGUCGUACCAAAUACCGGCAUCGCGCUCAACAGUAGCGCAUCCUCAUCGCAGAUAGCGGCCCCGGCCGACAUCAGUCAGCAAAUACUGGAGCUGCAAAAGGAGCAGGAGCUUGAGAAGCAAAAGCUGUGGCAUGCGUUUCAGGAGAAGAAUAAGGAACUCGAGAUGCAACACCGGCAGCAAUUGGAGCACAAAUUUCAGGAAUUACGCGACCAGAGGAUAGCAGAGGAAGCCGCCCAACAACGGGAACGGCGUGAAAGGGAGGCCAUCAAACGUAAGGAGAAGCACGAUUGCUGUGCGAACGCGAGCUCGGAAGUGAAGCAAAAAUUGCAGACUUUCCUAAUACAGAAAAAACAGGCCGCCGCAUCGAAUGGCUUAACUUCUCCAUUGCCCUACAGAAAUUGGGGCGUCGUGAAGUCAUCCUCCGGCGAGUCGCUGCCAGGUGGUGCGGUCGCUGCAGCCGUCAGCUCGCAUCCGUACAAAAUUCCUCCACCUCCGAGCGCGAUUGCGAAAUACGAUCCCGAUUUUCCACUCCGCAAAACAGCAUCCGAGCCGAACCUGCUGAAAAUUCGCCUCAAGCAGCGCGUGAUCGAGAAGCGCUCUUUGAACGGACCGUUGGCCGCCCGUCGGCAGGAACGUUUGCGCCGACUCCAGAAACAGCAGCACAGCCAGCUCGCGCAAACAAGUACGUAUGCAACGCUUUUACUACCACCCAACCCCCUCCCGACUCGUGUUGCCGUGCGGAAGAGGAACAACUGUUCGGCGACAGCCAGCGUGGCAACGACCGAUUCUGGCCCAAAUUCACCGCCAACCGUGGGAAGCCGGGCGUCUCCUACUAACGCUCCAAUCCAGGAGGAGAACGAAGACCCCCAGUAUGGCUCGGUGGCGUCCCGUUCGAGUAUCAACGACCUGUCACUGUUCAGCUCACCCUCGAUGCCGAAUAUAUCGCUCGGACGGCCACACCUUGGUUCGUCCGCCGCCACUAUCCUUACUGUGUACUCCCCCCUGGAACAGGCUCUCAGCGCAGCCAGACCGACGCAUCUCGGUGCGGGUGGCAUCGGUGGGCAGGCGGGUGCAUUCGUCAACCCGAUGUUGGAGAUUGCUGAGCAGCAGUUGCAGCAGCAGCAGAACGUCGCCGUGGCGGCUGCUGCAGCAGCCGCAGCAGCCGCUGCCGCCGCUGCUGCCAGCAGUGGUGUCGUGGGGCUCGAUCGGAGCCAUCUAGCAGGUGGUGCUGGAGCUGGUGGCGGUGCUGUUGGUUCAGCGGCUGCUAUGUACCAUCAUCAGGCAUCGAUUACAGAUGCACAUGUUGCUCAGGCACGCCUGCACAAGCAGGGACAUCGGCCACUUGGGCGGACACAGUCAGCACCACUUCCGCUUGGACAUCCGAUGUUGGCGGGAGCGAGCAGUGCGGCUGCUGCCGCCGCCAUGAUGAACAUUACGCAAACGCACUUCGAGAACAGCGAGGCUGAACGGCAGGCGUACGAGCACAUGCGCAUGAAGCAGAAGGUCCGUCAGACAGCACUAACACGUGCCGCUAACUGUGUCAAUCGUGAACCGCAAUUGCGUGAAGAAGUUGAGUCUAAUGAAGUAAUCGAUUUAACUGACAAAAAGCAACCACCCAAGACGGUGCUGGCGAGCAGCGUUAUCAAGAGCACCUCACAAUCGCACCUGCUCUCGCACGACGAUCACGCUGUCCAGCAACAACAGCAGCAACAGCAACAGCAGCAGGAACUCUAUAUGCGUCGUUCGAUGCAGCUAUCCAUGCUGGAAGAUCCUUACCAGCAUCAUGCAGGAAGUAGCAGUGUUGCGGUCACGGCGGCCGGUUUGCUGCGGCCUCUCUCGCGCACCUCUUCCAGCCCACUCGUGCAUCUCUGCUCGAUAGGCGGUGGUGGUGGUGGUAGUGGCCGGGGAGAUCCGACAGCCCCACAAAGCAUGUUCUCGGACACCGGCCAACCCGGGACCGGUGGAGCGGAUGAUGAGGUUCCACCUCCGGUCAACCUGACCGUGCAAAAUCGCAGCCGCUCACUGCUUAGCUACACGCAUGAAGGGCUUGCCCCGAAUAACGCGCCCACGUCGGGUGCGUGUGGUAGCCCACCGGGGGUUGCACUUCAGCUCACUACCUCCUCGUCCGCAUCCGCCAUCAUCGGUUCCAGCCACCCGAAAACGGCUGCACCCCUUCGCCCCACUACCGGACUUGCGUUUGACAGCCUGAUGCUGAAGCACGUGUGCGCUUGCGGUGAUAACGCGAACCAUCCGGAGCAUAGUGGCCGCUUGCAAAGCGUAUGGGCGCGUUUGGUCGGCACCGGGCUGGCCAUCCGGUGCGAUAAGUUGCGAUCGCGCAAAGCCACCCAGGAGGAACUGCAGGCGGUACACACUGAAGGACACGCGUUGCUGUUCGGUACGAGCCAGCUCAACCGGCAGAAGGUGGACACGAGCCGUGUCAGCUUCGUGCGGCUUGCGUGCGGUGGCGUUGGUGUGGAUCUCGAUACCACGUGGAACGAGCACCACACGGCGGCGGCCGCUCGUAUGGCCGCUGGGUGCGUCAUUGACCUCAGCUACAAGGUGGCCCGGGGUGAGAACCGCAAUGGGUUCGCCGUCGUGCGCCCGCCAGGCCACCACGCCGAGGCGGACGCUGCUAUGGGCUUUUGUUUCUUCAAUUCCGUUGCCCUGGCGGCUCGGUUGCUGCGACACCGGGUGCCACACGAGAUCCGGCGCGUGCUGAUCGUCGAUUGGGACGUGCACCAUGGCAAUGGCACCCAGCAGGCGUUCUACGACGAUGCGUCCGUGUUGUACCUUUCCGUGCACCGGCAUGACGAUGGUAACUUCUUCCCGGGAACCGGUGGUCCGGCCGAGUGUGGCGUUGGUGGUGGGCUUGGGUACAACGUGAAUGUGGCGUGGUCGGGUGGUGUGAGCCCCCCGCUUGGGGACGCUGAGUAUCUGGCCGCGUUCCGUACGGUCGUGAUGCCGAUUGCGCGGGAUUUCGCGCCUGAUAUUGUGCUCGUUUCGGCCGGGUUUGAUGCCGCCGUUGGACAUCCGGCUCCGCUUGGUGGGUACGUCGUGUCGCCUGCUUGCUUUGGACAUCUGACACGUGAGCUUAUGCAGCUUGCCAACGGCAAGGUUGUACUCGCGCUUGAAGGUGGUUAUGAUUUGCCUGCCAUUUGUGACUCGGCGGAGGAGUGUGUACGGGCGUUGCUUGGUGAGAGCAGCACUUCCACCAUCGCCCCAUCCGAACUGGCCAGGCCACCGUGUCAGGCGGCGAUCGAGACAUUGCAGAAAACGAUCGCCAUUCAGGUGUCACACUGGCCGUGUGUUAAGCGGCUUGCCCACACCGUCGGUUUGUCGGCAUUGCAAGCUCACAGCAGCGAACGGGAGGAAUCAGACACCGUUACCGCGAUGGCCGGUUUGUCGAUGCAAACGCUCAAGCGCACGUCGGACGUGUCCUGCGAGGACUCGGAGGAACCGAUGGAUCAGGACGAGUCGAAAUAAGACACCAUCCUCCCCCUCUCCCAGGGAUGUCCCGAAACCGGACCGACGAACCAGAUGCAGGCAGUGUUUCGGUUGGAACA